AUGAAAUACUUCGUAGCCAUCCUCGCCCUUGUGGCCGUCGCUGCUGCUGAUGUAUCCCACCUCCGGUCUCCUGAGGCCGACGCCGUCAUUGUCAAACAGGACGCCGACGUCUUUCCUGACGAAUACCAAUACGCAUACGAAACUAGCAACGGAAUCAUCGCCCAAGAGAGAGGAGUCUUAAAGAAUGCUGGACGUGAGGAUGAAGGUCUCGAAGUGCAAGGUAGCAACGCCUACACCGGCCCUGAUGGUGUAAGAUACGAGACGAGAUACAUCGCCAACGAUGGUGGAUACCACGCCGAGGGUGAUCACCUCCCCGUUCCCCCGGCAAUCCCCGAGUACAUCCUCAGAGCCCUCGAGUACAUCAGGACUCACCCACCCAAGGCUGAUAAU